UUUUUUCUAGGGCGGACCAACAAAUCAGUAGUCCCUAAUCCGUCCUUCCACUAAAAGAAUCGUGCACGAAAUAACUGUCCCAGAAAUUUCCCGCUCCAUUUAUGCUAAUUCUGCCCGCCACUGAAGCGUGUAUACGUGUGCUGAUCUCUCUCUGAAGAUUUGGAUAAUGUAUUGAUUUUUGUUUCGCAGACUCUGUACACAGUCCUGACGAUGCUACUGUACAAUGAUCAGCAUUUUUAAACGACUCAUUUACUACAGUGUUGUUUCUUCAUGUAGUCGCCCACUAUCUGAUUGCUGUGCUGGGUUUCCUGAAGCAAAACCUGAAAUGACCAACAGACCCGAGUCCAUCGUCUUGGAGGGUGGCGAAGACGGCAAUAUGUCUGACGACGAGCAAAAGGAAGAAGAUGAAGCGGGAGAAACCCCCGCAGAGGAAUCGACUCGAACAUUUCUCUACCCAGACGAACUGUCAGAUCUGACACUACAUGUUGAAGGCAGACGACUUUUCGUUCACAAGGCAAUACUGGCUUCCGUCUCUCCCGUAUGGAAGAGAAUGUUCACGUCGGAAUUCAGAGAAAAACAUUCCAGGGAAAUCAGCCUUCCUGAUAAAAAAUUCAACCACAUCGUGGUCCUUCUCCAGUGGAUUUACCGUUCUAUGAUAGAAACCAUAACGGACGAAAAUGUAUUCUACGUCCUUCCACUGGCUGAAGAAUACCAAAUAUUAAAACUGAAGUUGGACUGCGAGCAGGUUUUGUUGUCUCACGUCCAGCCCAAGACGACCACCCCGCAGCCCAUGGAGCAGGUGAUGGAGUACAUGUUGUUGGCCCAGGAGUACCACCUAGCAGAGCUAUUAGACAGGACCGCGGAGAGCACGGCCGGCCUCACCAAUGAGGAGCUAACCAAGAGGCGGGAAUACCCACGCCUCUCCAGCGAAACCAAGGGGCGCAUAGCCACCAGCCGCGUUAUACUUCUCGAGCACAAAACUAGGGGUCAGGAGAAAGAAAUCAACAUAGCAAAAAGGCAGUGUAGGGAGCUGGAAGAGAAAUGCAAGAUAACGGAACAGGAGAUCGAUCGGCAUAUUAGGGAGAAAAAGGUGAUUCAGAAAUACCUGCAUGAGAUCAAGGACGCCUGGGAUAACCGCGGGGAGGAGGUCCGCUGUGGAAAGGACGAGGUACACACUUAUUGUAGCAGAAACUACGAGUGCAAGGACUGUAAUCUCAAAGUGAAAGCGUUUGUGUCCUCAAAGACCGACCAACUUUUACACCGCAGCCUUAAAGAGCUGGGGAGAAAUACCAUUAAAUGGCCGACAGCAGGGUCUAUUCUCUGAAGAUAUCUUAUUAUCAGUGAGCACCCCCUUCCCCCAAUGACAUUACCCAAACCCGGAUUGCAUAAAUACUGAAGUCGAGAGUUGGUCUUUAACUUAAAUCCUGAUUUGAACAUGCACUUGGUGUCCUGGAAAAAUCUUCUUGAGAUUUGAUUCAAAUUCCUUCUUUAUCGAUUGGAUGAAUCAAAACUUUCAUUAUGUGGAGCAAUUUUCUUUGGUGAACCCGUACCACUACGGAA